AUGGCGGAAGGAGAUAUGCCCACUUUCAAAUGUGUGCUGGUUGGUGACGGUGGUACCGGCAAAACGACAUUCGUCAAGCGGCAUAUGACGGGUGAGUUUGAAAAGAAGUACGUCGCCACUCUGGGUGUGGAGGUGCAUCCGCUAGUAUUCCACACGAACCGCGGUGCGAUUCGGUUCAAUGUGUGGGACACAGCUGGACAGGAAAAGUUCGGUGGACUUCGCGACGGUUACUACAUCCAGGGACAGUGUGCCAUUAUUAUGUUCGACGUCACGUCUCGAGUAACCUACAAAAACGUCCCCAACUGGCAUCGCGAUCUGGUGCGCGUAUGCGAAAACAUCCCGAUCGUACUGUGCGGUAACAAAGUAGACAUCAAGGAUCGUAAAGUAAAGGCCAAGUCGAUCGUUUUUCACCGGAAGAAGAAUCUACAGUACUACGAUAUUUCCGCAAAGUCCAACUACAACUUCGAAAAACCUUUCCUGUGGCUGGCUCGCAAACUUGUCGGCGAUCCUAACCUUGAGUUCGUUGCAAUGCCUGCCCUGCUUCCGCCGGAAGUGAAAAUGGACAAGGAUUGGCAAGUGCAGAUCGAGAAGGAUUUGGAGGAAGCACAGGCCACGGCACUGCCGGACGAGGACGAAGAUUUGUAA